CACUCGCCACCCCCUUAUUUAAGCACCCACCCACCAUUCUCCUCUCAUUCUCAUUCCCCAUUCUCCACUGUUGCAUUGCAAGCCGGGCCGGCUGUUCUUGAUCCCCCGUUCUUCUUCGCCCUCGACGUGGACCGGGCGUGGCAUGGGCUCCUCGGUGCAGUUCGACGACUUCCUGCCGUCGAUGGCGAGGAAGCUCGGCGUGGAGGGGCUGAUCGAGGAGCUCUGCAAGGGGUUCCAGCUGCUCAUGGACCCCAGGGCCGGCAGGAUCACCUUCCAGAGCCUCAAGAGGAACGCGGCCAGGCUGGGGCUCGGCGAGCUCCGGGACGACGAGCUCCAGGAGAUGAUGAGGGAGGGGGACAUGGACGGGGACGGCGCCCUGGAUCAGACGGAGUUCUGCAUUCUCAUGGUCAGACUCAGCCCCGAGCUCAUGGAGCAAGAGUCUUAUAGGAUGUUUGAAUGCUGAUGAUGUAAUCUGGUUCUUGUUACUUGCAUACAAAUAGAAUAUACUGAUUGACACUGAUACAUAGAUCCAGCGUUUCUGCAUUCCCUCCUACUGAAACAUACUAAUAGUCUGGCUGAUCA